CUUUACAAUGAAUCUGAGGCGCCUUCCUUGCAGCAGUGCGAAGGAUAGAAAAUAGUCAGUGUGAAGAGAUCCAACAUGAUGAAACUCAAAAGUAUGGUUCUCAGAGUAGGAGCUUGUGAGGAUGGCAGGGAAUGGAUAUGUGAGAUCCGUAGGAAGGCAUGAGACGUACCAGCAGACUCGAUCAUUCCCUGCAUUUGGACUACGUGGAGCUUUUCUGGCGAACAACAUCACUAAGGUCUCAGGAGAGGACACAGAGAGGGGAACGUGAUGAUGUGUGAGGAGAGGAAAGUGAUACGGCUGCUCUUAGUAUGGCUGAAGACAUAUGAGACACAGUGAUGCACCAUGCCUAUAGUAGACAAAUUGAAAGAAGCACUGAAGCCCGGACGAAAAGAUUCUGCUGACGAAGGUGACCUCAACAAACUGCUGGCAGCUUCAGCUAAGAAGGUUCUUCUUCAGAAAAUUGAAUUUGAGCCUGCCAGCAAGAGCUUCUCCUACCAGCUAGACUCACUGAAGAGCAAAUAUGUCAUUUUGAACCCAAAACCUGAAGGGGCUACUGGUGAGCAAAAUGUUUGUUCUGCCCCAACAAAGAAACAAGUUUAUGAAACAAGCAGCAUUCCAAAUGACGGCAUCCCGGCACCUCAGAAAAUUUUAUUUCCUAUGGAAAAGCUGUCCAUGAAAUGGGUGCGUGUGUACAGAGUUGGAGCUGGAUUGCACAAUCUUGGGAAUACCUGCUUCCUGAACUCCACUAUACAAUGCUUGACUUAUACACCACCGCUGGCCAAUUACCUCCUAUCGAAAGAGCACAGUAAGACAUGUACUCAGGCUGGGUUUUGUAUGAUCUGCAUCAUGCAGAACCAUCUGAUACAGGCCUUUGCCAAUAGUGGAAAUGCUAUCAAGCCGUUGUCAUUCAUUCGUGAAUUAAAAAAAAUAGCAAGACAUUUUCGAUUUGGGAAUCAAGAAGAUGCACAUGAAUUUUUAAGAUACACCAUUGAUGCAAUGCAGAAGGCUUGUCUCAACAGCUACACCAAGCUGGAUCGACAAACACAAGCUACUUCAUUAGUUCAUCAGAUCUUUGGCGGAUACCUUAGAUCACGUGUUAAGUGUUCCAUGUGCAAGAGUGUAUCGGAUACAUACGAUCCUUAUUUGGAUAUUGCUCUUGAAAUAAGGCAAGCACCCAACAUUGUCCGAGCUCUUGAACUCUUUGUGAAACCUGAUUUUCUCAGUGGGGAGAAUGCUUACAUGUGUGCAAAGUGCAAGAAGAAGGUGCCAGCUACCAAACGCUUCUCCAUUCAUAGAGCAUCAAAUGUUCUGACACUUUCCUUAAAGCGAUUUGCAAACUUCAGUGGUGGCAAAAUCACAAAGGAUAUUGGCUACCCUGAACAUUUAAAUAUACGUCCAUAUAUGUCCCAAACCAAUGGUGAGCCUGUCAAUUAUGGGCUGUAUGCAGUGCUGGUACAUUCUGGAUACAGUUGUCACGCUGGACAUUACUACUGUUAUGUGAAGGCUAGCAAUGGUCAGUGGUAUCAGAUGAAUGAUUCAAUGGUCCAUUGUAGUAACAUCAAAGUGGUGCUGAACCAGCAGGCUUAUGUCCUUUUUUAUCUGAGGAUGCCAAAUGCCAAGAGUAGUGUGGAUGAAGUGUCAAAGCAGAAUUCUGUUCAGCAAGCUGUCAAGACCAGUAACGGCACAACUGUGCCAAAGAAACCUAUACAGAAUGGCUAUUUGGGCUCUCCUCUGAUGAUAAAGAAACCAGAGUCUCAGCAAGCAAAACUCCAAGCAUCUGGGAAUGUUGGCGUGCCAGUGCCAAGAACCACUAUUAGUCAGUCACCAAGGCUUCCAGGGAAACCAACAAAUCCACAGACUUUUAUAGAUGAAUCACUGAAGAAGAUUAAGAAAUCUUUACCUCAGCUGCAACCAAAAUCUUCUCAGGGCCAGUCAGCUAAUGGUUCAAGUAGCAGCAGACCACCUCUAGAAAGUACAAAGGUGUCUACACCAGAAAGCAAGGAAUUGCCUUCAUCUACCUCAUCGAAGUCAUUGGCAUCCACUGGUGGAGCAGAGCAGAAAGGCAAGGAAGGCCCCCAGAACCAGCAAAAAGGGAUUGGUAGCCCCAAAUGUGUAGUGAAUGGGAGCAAUACUACAAAGAGUAAUCAGCAGUACGAGCCAGAAGAGUCUGAUUCUGAAUCUCAGGCACAUAGCUCUGGUAAUGAGAGGACUGAGAGCAGCACUGAGGAACAGGGAGUGUCCAAGAUAAAGCCCCAGUUACUUGCAGAAGAGCAAUCCAGUACCAUGUCGCCACCUCCAGCAAAGAGGCUCGCUCUGUCGGCCAAAAAGGCCACCACCAGCUGGAAGGUGACAGAAAAUGAGCCGCACUCCCCAUCACUCUCAUCAGUCCACAAAGCAAAAUUAAUGAAUAAAGGCCACCCAUUUCCUUCUGCAAACAAAACUAGGACUUUCCCACCAACUCCAAAAAUGCAGAUUUCCCAACAAACAAGAUUUUGUUCUUCAUCUAAAAUCUCUAAAAAGUCAUGUAGUUCUAGUUACUCUGAGUCGCAGCUACAGUCAUCAAAAGCCAUGGAAGCAGCUGGGCUGCCCUGUUUUCCAGUGGAUGGCAGUGCUACCUCAUUGGAAAAGAAUAGUGUUUCCAGUAAGAGUACUGGAAAAAUGUGUAAUUCUAAGACUGAAUUGGCAAAUGAGCCACACAGACUUAGCAUCGCCAACUCCAUGGAUCCAUACAACAGUAGUAAAAGGAAAAAGAAAAAACAUAAAUCCGCUUUGAAAAGGGAUGCGAUUUCUUUUGAUUCUGAAUCAACUGUCCAGACAAACUGUGAUGAAGCUGCCAAGACUCACAGCAAACACAAAAGCAAGAAAAAGCGACAUAGGGCAGAAGAGAAUGGUGGUGCAUGUGACCGACUGCAAAACGAGAAGAACGGUUCAGGAAGGCUCAUCCAAAUGAAAGUUAAGAAAAAAAAGAAGCGCAAUAAACAUAUCGAAGUAUCUGAAGAAAGCCAUCUUGCCAAGACUGCGGUUGAAAAUUAUUCAAUGCAGGAUGAACUACAGGCUGAAGAGGAACUGGAAAUACCUGAAGAAUUUGAACUGAGAAAGAAAAACCGUGAAGCGAAAGAUGGCAAAAAAAGUGAGAAAAAACGCAGGAAACGAAAGAGAAGCAUGAGUUUAGAUGAAUAUUCAGAACCUCCAACAGAGCAGCCAGCGAAAAGAAAAACUGGAAGUCAACAAGCUCCAGUUAUCUUAUGGGACAGUCAGAUCAUGGGUGGCUUUAGAUGCUCUCAGAAUUAUUCUGGUGAGGUCAAAGCUGCAGAGCCCAUUUCAAGCCUGGCCAAGGAUGAGAAGAAGGGAUCCACUGUAAUUGAAGAGCUCUUGAAACAUUCAAACAACAAGGCUUAUGGAACUGAAGUGCUGACUUGGGGAGGGGCAACAUCAGCAAUCAGUGAGGAUGCCAUCGAUUACGUAAAAAAUGCAAAAGAAGAGCGUGUCAUUGAUGAAUGGGAUGAAGAAUUUGAUCGGGGAAAGGUCAAAAAGAUGAAGAAAUAUAAGAGAGAAAGAAGGAGAAGCUUUAAUGUUUUCCAGAGAAUGCAAAACAGAAGGAAUUUUUGGUCGACCACUCACUAUCGAAAGUUUUCCAGGUUUUGAAAAGAAAUCAGACUUCAGCUGGUUAAAGACAUCUACAGGAAGAACCAGCACAGCAAACUUUAGGCGAUGUGCAAUGUUGUGACUUUUGUUACAGUUCAAACAUUGAUACUGAAGCCAUUGUUGGCAGAAAACCCAAGUUACAACAUUUGAAACAGAGGUUUAUUGGUGAUAACAGACCUGUAACACACAGUUAAACUGACCGUGAACUGAGAGUCUGCAAUCAAGUGUGGAUUAGGUGUCUCUGAUUUUAUGAAGCUCAUCACGUCAAUAAACAGCAAAAAAAAAAGCUGGAUUCAGAAUUCCAUGGAAAUGCAUUAUUUGUGUUAAGAAGGUGUUUCUGAUUUAUGUCCAAAAUACAGAACCGCAGCGCAACUCUAUCCAUUCUCUCUUAACUUUGGAAGAAAGAAAACUAAAGUCCUAUAUUGCAUUGUAGCAGCUAGUCAUGAUAUUCAGUGAAAAGAUGUUUGCUGGGUAUUUCUAUCAGUUGGUCAAUGAGAAAUUACAUAUUUACUUAUAGAAACAAUAAAAUUUGAUGUACAGCAGGGCAGUACUAGCUAAGGUUCUAUUUUGUGUUAAUAAAUAAUUUUAUAUAAGAUAGAGAACAUAAGUAUUGCCUUGCUAAACCAGUCAUCUGAACAGGGUACAUUUAAACUUAGUGAAUUCUUUCCCUUACACCAUCUUUGCCAACGUUCCAACAUUAGAAGGGAAGAACAUACCACUGCCUUUUCCUCCUCCCUGAAUGCUACUGAUAGUAUUUUUAAACAGUGCAAGACAUUUGUCUCCUCUCUAGAAGGUGUCCUAGUAGAUGAUUUACUUAGUGUAUUAGCCUGGCACAUUAUUUACUGUAAUUAUAUCAGUGCGACAUGGCGGUUCAGAAACAAAGUGCCUAUAAAAUAGGCAAGGUUCAAUAAAGUCUUGGAAAACAGCAGGCAUGGUGCUAAGAGCAAAGUUGACAUUUGUGUACAAAGUAUACAACAAUGGCACUCCUUUGCCACGUUUCUGAUUUUUAUUUGCACUAUGUUAGUGAAAGAGGUCUCCGUUAGCUGCAUUUUUUAAUUAUUGCUACAUGUUCUUGGUGGGAUGGUGGAAGGCAGGAGAGAGUGUCCUGAAUGUCAAGAUUAGUUGCUUAGAAACUCAACUUCUUCAGUGUGUUAUAUCGUUACUGCUUGGGAGUAUUCCCAAAUUUUUAUUUCACGCUCUGUGUAUUAGGAUAGUUCCAAUUUAAUUCACUUUGACUUAUGCAAAUGUAUAUUUACUACUAAAAGAACUCAUUACUUUUUUUCCAAUGGAGUAUUGCUGUAUUGAAAUAAGAUGCAAAAUCAGCACACUGAGAUGCAAGUAGAUACUGAGGAAUAUCAGUACAUAUUAACUUUGAAUAUAUAUGUUAAUAAGUUACCAACAAGACACCGACUUGAUGCUUUAUUAAAAGAAAAUUAAGAAUUUGCCUUACUUCUGUCUGCUUCAAAUCUUCAGCUCCAGAAACAAGACAUGCUCUUGUCUAUCAGUUGAACAAGAAAUUUCUGUAACUUACCAGUGUAAGUAACUAGAUCCUUAGGUGCUUUAGAAUAUUGUACUCUUUAUUUGAUUGAAACAAAAUAUUAAGCAAGGCAAUGUUAAAUAUGUCAAUAUUAGAAAGGGUUGCAAUUUAAAUCAAACAACUUUCCUGUGGAAAAGUUCUAAUAGCUGAGUUGUUAAGAGUUUACAUUUUGUUUGUAAAAAAAAAGAGUAUUUUAACAAGUUAAAAAUUUGAUUAUCGGUCACAUUUGUACCUUAUUUAAACUGUAUUGAGUGGAUUGAAUGAUUGGUUUGGAAUUUCCAGGCAUUUGUUAAUGUUUGAGCAGUGUAUUGAAUUGUAAUGUGAUGUAAGCUUAGAUUAUUAACUGACAAACAUUGGUUAAAUGGCUUUGUAAGGAGAGCAUUUGAGGCUUUAGAACUUGGUUUUACUGAUAUCAGACUUAUUUAAUAUGUCUCAUCAUUUUUUGAGAUGCAUCAUUCCAACAUUUGAGAGGAAAAAUAUCAAUGUCUGUUACUUGUUGAAUGUAUUUUUUUAAAAGUUUGAUUCUGUAUCAUAUUAAUUUACAUAUGUGUAUGAUGCCUCUAUUUCAUAUAGAGUUACAGGGGAAACGUGCCUGGAAAAUGAACAAGUGAAAUUCGAUUAGGACUUCGUGUUUCACUAUUCUGAUUUGUGACAUUAAUAGCAAUCAGGCAAAACUUCGGUAGAUCAGUAGAAAUGGUGAAAUGAAUUACUGAAAUAUUGCAGAUUUACCUAUAUAAAUUUAUAAUUAAAUUAGUUAAAGCCUUACAAAGUGUUUUAUCUGACUUCCAACUUAAGAAUUAAGAAAAUAAUGCUAUCAAUGAAAUGCUCAAAUGAAAACCUUCAGUGUCUUUUUGAUUUGUGCAAAUGUGAUAAGAGUUUCUUUAUUUGUGAAGCAAUAGGAUAUUGCAAACCAAUCAAUUUCAGGACUUGAAUAUUAAGAGACCCACUUGUACUUGCAAAUUGGAAGAAGAGGUUCACUCUGCAGAAUGCCCGCUGUAGCUUAGAUUAUAGUGUUAAAAAUUUAUGUUAGUCUUUUUCUUUUUACAUUGAGUAGUGGGAGUUGUGAGAGUUGUUUAAUGAUUGUUUAACGAACUCCAGGGCUUUUCCAUCAUUAUGCCCCACCUGAAGCAGGAAUUCUGUUGGGGCAGUUCUGAAGCUUUGGAAACCUGAACUGUCAGCUUUAUGUAUCUCGCAUCUCAAUGUUGAGUAGAAAAUGGGAGCCUGAGCUGGGACAAGAAAUUUCUUCUGGCUAGGACUAAAUUGAUAUGUUUUCUCCAUGGCAAUUGUUUUCAAAGAUUGGGUCUAGAGUUGCAGGGCUGACCACUUUUAUAAAACCAUCAGACACAGGAGCGGAAUCAUGCCAUUUGGCCCAUCAAGCUUGCUACACUAUUCAAUCGUGGUUGAUUUAUUAUCCCUCUCAACCCUGUUCUGCUCUCUCCUAUGCUCAUUGGAAUUGAAACAGCAAUCAUGAUUUGAAUGUUUAAGAGGUCCGUGACCAUGUUUACAUAUUUUAAAGGAAUUGGUUAUCAUCAUGUUAUCAUUGCUGUUGUGGGACACUUAAGUCAUUGUUCAUGUACAGUUGUGUCUGGAAGGUCAUGACUGAAAUGUUUACAGUAAGGAGCAAAAGGAACAAAAGAAUUGCAGUGGUCUAUGAACUUAGAGGAUCAGUUGUAAAUGCUUGUAAAUAUCUGGCUCUGGAUGAAAAAGACUCAGAAAACCUAUGCUCAUCUUUUUCUUAUUUUCUUUAAAUUAAAAUGUACACUCAGCCAUUUUAUUAGAUACAGCAGUGGAACCUGGUAUGGUCUUCUACUGUAGCCCAUCGACUUAAAGGUUCGACAUCUGCAUUCAGAGAUGCUCAUUUAUUCACCACUGUUGUAACAUGUGGUUAUCUGAGUUAUGGUCGCCUUCCUGUAAGCUUAAACCAUUCUGGCCAUUCUCUUACCUCUCUCAUUAACAAGGUGUUUUCAACCACAGAAAUGCCCCUCACUGGAAUUUCUUUUUGUUCUUUGCACCAUUCUCUCUAAACUCUAGAGACAGUUGUACGUGAAAAUCCCAGGAGAUCAGCAAUUUCUGAGAUACUCAAACCACCCUGUCUGGCACCGAAGUCACUUAAAUCACAUUUAUUUCCCAUUCUGAUGUUUGGUCUGAAUAAUAACUGAACGUCUUGACCAUGUCUGCAUGCUUUUAUGUAUUGGGCUGCUGCCACAUGAUUGGCUGAUUAGAUAUUUACAUUAAUAAGCAGAUAUAUCUAAUGAAGUGGCACUGAGUGUAUUUUGUAACAAUGUGGUAUGUGCAUUGAAAGGUACAGUACAAAAAUGAGCCCUUUUAGAUGUGUAUGAGCAAAAGUAAUAGAUGAGCUGAAUGUUUAGUUACUCUUAUUAGGGUUGCUUGGACUUUGAAUAUGUUGAACAUGGUCUUUUCUCACCAACACAUUAAUCUCACACCUACAGCUAAGAUAUAUCUAAGUUUAAGGACUCAAUUAGUGUUUUAAGUGCUUUUUAAGUGUAUUAAAUUGCUGGGAUGAUAGUGGGUUCUUGCAGCUAUUUCUCUCAUUGAUAUGGAAUACAAAUGGAAUCGCUUUUUUUUGCAAAAGGUGUGUUACAUAGUCUAAGAAAUUGUGGCAAGAGGGUAGGAUUUCUGUGUUUGAAUGCUCACUCAGGGUAAUUGCAGAUUUGCUCUCACAUCGGCAAUUCCUUGAUGAGCAGUUGCAGAAAAUUGAGGCUAUGUAUGCUUGAAAUUUUCUGCAGCUCAACAUGAAGCAAACUUGCCAGAAUGGGCUUUUGUGAGCAGUGCUGCUUGAUCUGUAGUGUUGCUGUCAUGAGUAAGCCUUAUACAGUAUGUGUUGGAGUUGUGUACAUUUUCAAUUGAAUUUGCAUGGGAUGAAAAAAGCAGCCUAAAUUCCUCAGCUGUGGAGGACCAUGCAGAAGGAAAGCCAAAGUCAGUUGUGUUCCAAAACCUGGUCCAGAUAAAAUUUCCUUUCAAGUUUAUACAUUAUAUCACAGUUCAUGUGUUAGAUUCAGUUCACUUGUAAAACUUCUGCACUUUUUCUGCUGUGCUCUUUAUUGUGAAAGUGAGUUUCUUAAGCCACAGGAAUUAAUGGAGUGUAAAACUAAAUAGUCACCUCGAACCACAGUAUUCUGGAAUACGUAGUCCUAUAACAUGGUAUACAUUCAGUAGAAAAUUAAAGAAAAUUGAAUCAUUUUCAAGUCAUCGUUCAUUAGCCAAUAUUUGGCAUCAUCUCUCUACACAGUUCUUCCAACAUGCAUUGAAAAUUCUGCAUUUUAUUGUCCCGACUGUUAAAUUGUUAGCUUUUAAUGAAGUACAUGCAACAAUUUCAGUUGGCCCUUAUCUUACUGCCAAUGUCAGGAACAUAUAGGAAAUCUGAAUCCAGAUUGUAUGAAAUAUUCUUCGCUUCAUAUAUGUCCAAAGAAAGUUUGUGACUUAAAUGUAUUUUAUGUUAAUGUCAUAAUUUCCACUCAUAUCAAUGUGACCUGUAUAGAAAGUGCUUUAAAAUAAGCACUUUAAAAAAAAAAAAUUGGGAUUUAAAAAGGCUUAUUUAUAAUUAAUAUAGAUCAUUUAAUUGAUUAACAGCGAUGCAGUUAAUAAUAUAGGACACAAUUUGAACAUUUCACAUUCUGAUAUAAAUGUAUAUGUUAAUUAUCUGCAAAAUGUAAUUAUUUUAGCAUUCUAAUGAUUUACUUGAUGGUUUUUAGAUGCUGAUUUUGGUCUAAUGGUUCUUUCAGAUUAAAGGUUCAUUGGCAUUUAGUUUCAGCAUUUGCUGCCUUAUUGGUAAAGUAUCUCUUUAAAAUAUGUGCAAUAAUGUUGCCUGUCUGUGAUGUGGAUGAAAUAUAUGCACAUGUAUAUAUAUAUAUAUAUAUAUAGACUUGACCUAUUGUCCUUUUUUUUAAUAUGCCAAAUAAUUUCUAAUGAAAACUGACGCAUGCUUUAUCUUGAAAACAUGCAUUCUUUGAGUUAUGGGUAAUAUCAUCACUGAGUUGGUGGUCUGCUGCUGCUUUGAAUUUAAUCUAUCUUAUCAAGAAACUGAAAUCUGUAAUUUAGAAGUAAUAAAUGUUACA